GCGCUGAACAGUGAAGGAGGAUCCCCCGCCGCACUGGUAUCCUGCCUACAUACUAUUGUAACAGGACAUAGCCUUAUACAACACAAUACUCCCCACCCUCCCACUCCCUUUGGCCUCAUCCAGUAAAACCCGCUGGUGUUAUUGUAUUCCUGUACAAUAGGGUUCAAACUCGUAUAUCCAUCUCGUAUAUAUUUGUCGUCCUCUCCUACCAAGACUAUCUUUCCAUCCGUACAUCAAUCACAUUGGUACCUUCAGUACAUUACUUUGAAUAUGGACAACCAACCACCGCAGCCUCGCCGCUCCUCUAGGAAGAGAAGCCGACCAGCUCUUUCUGAUGAACCUUCUGUUCUUCCAGCAACUCAAAAGCGCCGCCGAUCAUCCUAUCAUCAUAUAUCCGCCUCUGGCCGCGUCUCAACCGCAUCACCCAAGCGCAGCUCUUCCAGCCAGCCUCGUCCGUCCUUCGGUUCAGCCAACGACCAGCCAUGCACUGCGGAGGAGGAGGAGGAGGAGGAAACGGAUGAAUCGGAGGUAUUUCGUUUCAUGGAUCUUCCUGCCGAACUACGCGUACACAUCUACCGCAUGGCCCUACAACGCGCGGAGCCGCUCUACAUCCACCUCCCUCAGAAACAAACUAUAACCGACGACGAAGAACGAUACUGCGCUCCCGUACGAAGGCCUGCAAGAGCUGGACCUUGCAGGCACAGACCCAGCCGGGUGCGUCUAGAGCGUCACGAUCCCCACGCAGAACCGAUCCGUCGCCCAAAAGACAGCAUUAACCCGGCCCUACUACGAACAUGCUCUUUGGUUUACAAGGAAGCGCGUCAGGUGCUCUACUCUGACAACGAAUUCGUUCUGAACCUCGACACUGGAAUUCACUCUCUUGAGAGCCUCCGCCAGCGCAAUCGGUCGCUGAUCAAGUCUGUCGCUUUGACCAUACCUUCUCACCACGACAUUUUGGAUGGAUUUGCGGAUGUUGUUCGUCUUGGUUUGAGGUAUUGCUGGGGCUUGAAGAGCCUUACUAUCACACUACCGCGUUCAUUUCCUGAUGAUCGCCAUCUGGCUGGAACCACAAAUGUGUACGCCAACGCGUUUCACAUCCUCAGGUGGUUGCCAAAGGGCUGCCGCGUCAAGAUGGACGGCAUAGUCAGCGAGUCCAUCAUGAGAGUCGUCGCAGACGAAGGAAGAUUGAUGGACGUACUUGACGAUAAAGAAUAUCUCAAGAGACAGCACCAGAUGCCUGAGCGCCAUUGAUCCGGUCUACUAAAGACACGAACGUUACUUUCGGUUAUUUCCCUCUUGUACCUGGACUCUUUUGCAUUAUAAUUUCGGCUUUGUUUGGGACAAACACUCUUGAUAUUUUCCUUCGUAUUGAAUAGCUCCAGAGAGAUGCAAAUUCGCUUCGAGGACUGACUGUUUGUGUCAGCUUCCAUUACAGAAGCGCUUUAUCCUUGAAACUGUAUACAUAUACCCAACGUAUCCUAAGGGAUCAAUUUUCGGUUUUCAAUUUCAUAUUUCAAUUUUCAAGACCUGAAAAGAUUUUGUACGUAACCACCGUGAUCGUGACUGUUGACUUUGCACCAAAGAGAAACGGAAAACAUUACCUGCCUUGCGAUCUAGUUUAUACAGUG